AUGGCAACGUUCAAACCUCGAUCGGUACUCAUUACCGGAGCGGCACGUGGUAUUGGCCUUGGCCUCGUCCGGCAGUUUAUUAAGCGCCCCUACCUGCAGCACAUCUUCGCUGGUGUAAGGGAUCCUGCAAAAGCUGAGGAUCUGAAGAAGAUCGGGGACUCACGGCUACACAUAAUUCAACUGGACAUUCUUUCGGACAGCGAUAUUCAAUCGGCGGUCAAAACGAUUGCUAAUACGGUGGGCUCGUCUGGGCUGGAGCUGUUAGUUAAUAAUGCAGCCGUCUUGAUCCCCUACCAAUUCAGCGAGCCACCAAAUCGAGCCAAUGUUGAUUCAGUGAUGCGGACGAACGUUACCUCUCAAAUCAUCGUAACUCACUACAUGCUGCCACUACUUGAGCAAUCAACGGUGCAGUCAGCCAUCGUGAACAUGGGCUCGGAUUUUGGGUCGUUAACGCAAUGCUCGGUGUAUGGAUCCUCUGAGAAGGGGUAUCUGCCCCAUAAAUGUAGCAAGGCGGCGCUCAGUCAAUUCUCGCGCGUCUUGGCGGAAGAUUUGUCGGAAAAAGGGAUCCUGGUGAUCAACAUCUACCCAGGCUGGGUGGCCACCGAUAUGGGUACCGAUGAAGCACCAGUCGCGGUGGAGGAGAGCGUAUCUUCAGUUGCCUCGACGAUAGACCGGAUUGACCGUUCCUUCCACGAGCACGACGGUCCUUUCGGGGCGGACUUCUAUGGAAAACUGAUCCCGGCAAACGGCUUCGCGACUUCACAUACCAGCCAUCCUCAUCUCUCCAACAGACACUCCACAUCGUCUAUGAAGAUGUCCGGGUUCGACCUUGGAGGUCUAUUUGCUCCACCACCGCCUCAACCACUCAUGGGCGUUCAGGGCGUCUCGGCUCCGCCUACCCCUUUGUGGCCUCCACUGGGUCAAGGAGCUGGUCAUCCACAGCCACUUCUCAAUCAGCUUCAGGCCUACGGCGCCCAGGGAGGAAUUCCACCCCUCAUGGAACUGAUGGGAAACGGUGCGGGAGGCGCUUUCCAUCAGCUUAGCCAGCUUGGCCCCCUCCAUGGUGGCCCUGCUCCGCCGCCGACUCCAUUCUCCAACUCGGCCCCGCUGCCCACUCUCGACCUGGCUCCCAAACCACCAGAUUCCAUCAAGGGGUUCGGACAAUUGACCUGGCUCUCGUCCAAGGCCGGCCUAAUUACUUGCAAGGACAAGAUGGUCAUUUCGUUCCAAAUCAAGGACUUCUGCGACCAACAACUGACGGAUCUGACAUCGGUCUUGCGCGUCGGUUUUACCCUCUCCUUCCAAGCAGCUCUCUCCGAAAGCAGUGAAUACAUCGCGACCCUGGUCUCGCCGCUUUAUGGCCCCGAAGCCGAGACCGUAUUCGCCAACUCGCAUGAAGUCAACCUCGAGAAGUUAUCGCCCAAUCCACAGAACAGCAAAGAUGCCUACAGUUGUGCCGAGGAAGCCCGUGCGAUUCCAGCCUUGCUCGGCAUUUUCCAACGCCAUUCGCUGCCGCAGAUACAGCUCUCUAGCAUGCACUCACACAUCUCGUCGUGCGGAGAUGAAGAACUCUUCCGUUACGUGGGCUCCUCUUCACUGAAACGCCGCCAAUUCGUCGAACGCCGCACACAUCUUUUCAAGCUCAACUCCGACGACACCAUUGCCCUUCAGGCGCCAUGGAUCUAUUCGUGUGUAUUCCGUCUGGCUUCACGCCUGCUGCGCCGCGGUGGGGCAACUGCGAUCCAGUCGCUUUAUGAGUUCUACUGCUCUCCCGAGAUGCCAACUGAAGUGCGCGAGACCAUUGGAGAAGGGCGCGGCGAAUUCCUAGGGCUUAUCCAAGCUCACCCAUGGAUCUUUGCGCUAUUUCCAAACCGCACCUACGUCUCGGUGCGCCGCAAUCUGCCGCAAUUUGAUUACGGGAUCUUCAUCAAGCAGACAUUCCCCGAAAAUGAUCUCUUCCGCCCACCAUCGGCCCUCAACCAUUAUGGACAUCAGCAGAAUCCGGGACGUGUCAUGCGUUCGCUGUCACAUCAGCCGGUGUCGAGUGGAAGAGCGCCGGUUGCGCCGUCGCGUCCACACGCUCUCUGGGAGUCACAGAAUCCGAUUGGCACACCCACCCUCAAUAGCGCCCCUCAGGAUCAGUGGUCGAUGUUUAACCAGGGCAAUGCAUGGCGCCCGACCCCAACAGGUUCCACCCAGACGUUGCUCGGCCAGACCCCUACGACUCAACGGGUGCUGGUAUCGGCUUCGACGCAGACGCAACUCGGAUUGGGCCAGGCUAAAUGCAUGUGUCACUGCACUUGUGGUGCAUCGCAGUCCGCCAUUGGGCAACCGCAACCUUUCUUUCAAACGUUCCGCGCCAACGGCUACGCGCACCCAGGCGGCUCGGCAUCACCGCCUUCUGUAGAGAGCGGCUCGCCUGAAUCACGUGGGCCAUCUAGCCCCGUUCCGCCCAGCAAUAUGCGUUACUACGAUCCAUUCGGGCCCGGCUUCGACAUCGCCGCCAUGUCCAACCUCUCGCUG